CUCAGUGUAUAUCCGUACAGUCCACUGCAUGACUGAAUUGCCUUCAUGCAUGUGUGUGAGCCCUUUUUCACACCGAGUGUGAGCACAUUAUGCAGGGAGCUGAUGGCAUUGUACACACACAUUCCCAUUCAACUCCCUGCACACAAGUAAUGAACUGAGCUGAGCUGUUCUAUUGUACUUUUAUAUGUAUGCACACUUAAACACACACAUCCCUUCAUAAAGCUUUGUGCAUUCAAUACAUUUUGAUAGCAGCCAUUGACUGAGAGCAGUUCAGUAAUAUAGUUUUGACUAAUACAUCAAGAGAAAUACUGUGGGAAGUUGUUUUUCAACCUUAUAUCCAUUUUAUCUACUUCUUUGGUCACUUCUUCCAGGUACACAGGUCUCCAUGAGUCGUAGGCAGGACCUGGACCAUGCUUUCAAGGGCACCCGAUUCCCUUGGACCCAACAGAGGAUGGAGUUUGUCCUCAAUGAACUCAUCUCUAGGCACAAGAAGUAUAAGGCUUAUACCAAGCUGAUAGAUGUUUACAUCAUAUUGGCAGAGAAGAUAGGAGCCACUCCUAGAAUUGUGGAGAACUUCAUCAAAAACUUGGGGCGGGAUUACCGAGAAUGGAUGAAGGUGAAUCCCAACUGCGAUCGCGACACGAUGACCCUCCGUGGAUCCAACACCAUCUUUAAGAUGUUUGAAGAAUACAAUAGGAUUUACUCUAGUGAGGAUUCAUCGAAUAGCUUUCAGAAUAAAUUAUCAGAGUACACCUUGGACGAACAGGACAGCUUGGUAACCAUACCUGAUGGAAAGAAUGAAGACGAUGACAGCCCUCAAUAUGUAGAAAUAAUUGAUGCCGACUUGAAGGAAGAGCCAGGACUUGAGGAGGAUAAUGCUGCUUUUCAGAUCACAUCAGUCACAAGUAUAACAUCUCCGGCUAGAAGUGACAAUCCACCCUCUCCAAUCCCACCACCGCCUCCACUGCCAAGGGUUCCAAAGUCACAAGGAAGGCGAUCUAUGGUGACCAUGCCAGUAACGGAACCAUCUUCUGUUGCUGCCUUAAGGCAGCACGAGUCGGCGGGCCUUCAGGACAUUGUAGCAAUGCAGAAGGACAGGGAUCAAGUUGCCCAAAUGACACACAUGAACCCUCAGUCAGCUGGAAAUGUCCAUACUCCCUCUCCUGUUUCCAAUUCGGCAUACGCCUCAGCAACAAACCCAGGUCUGCUAUCCACCAUCUCUUCACUCCCAUCUCUGCAGCAUCCGCAGUUCCAUCUUCCACAAGGCCAGACUUCAUCUCAAGGUGUUGGUUCCAGCUUCAUCCCUCUUCAUCUCAUCCAAAAUGGGGGAAUCCCUCCUUCCAUGUACACAACUCAAUCUUCAGGAUCCUCCAUUCCUUCUGCAGAAGUACGAAGCACUACUCCUGGAACGUCAAACAAGCGUCCACUGAAGACCUCUUAUGACACCCAGCCCCAUUCCUCGAAGAAGAGCCGUUCAAGUAACGUGCCACUUGUUGCAGAGAACUUGCCAGAUGGUAUGAGUGAAUUUGAGAAUCGCUAUUUACAGGCUUUGGACACCCAAAAUAAGAUGCUGUCCGAUAUUGGGAGGGAGCUAAAGCUUCUUAGGACUGGAUUCUUUGCUAUUCAUUCUGAUGAUAUAGCUGACAUGGUGAACCCUAACAUGCAUUAGUGUCAUCACAUGCAAAUGUCAUGUACAUGUGUACAUGCAACAUAAAAGUGUCGAUACAAUAUCAACUAGUAUUUUGUCACUGCAUUAAAGAGAACACUACGGCCUGAAAAUGUUUAAAAGACCCCCCCCCUC